AUAAAUUUUCCGAAACAGCGGCAGAAGUUAAGAAAAAAGAAGAAAAAGAAUGUCGUGUGAUAGAAAGGACGAGGAAAAAAAGGAAACAGAAGAAAAAAAGGAUGAUGAAAGUAAGAAAAAAGACGAGAAGAAGGAAGAGAAGAGCAAAAGGAAGGAGGAUGAAAAGAAGGAGAAACAGAAUAUUGCCGGAGCUGUCUACAAUCAAAUGCGGAAUACCAUUUUGAUGGAAGAAGGAUCGGUGAUUUCGGGACGUUUCGAAGUUAAGGGGAUUAUUGGCGGCGGAGGUUUUGCUCAGAUCUACAAAGCUUGGGAUAAAGUUCGUAAAGAAGAUUGUGCCAUCAAAGUGGAACACGAAUCCCAAGACAUUCGAAGAAUGAAACUGGAGAUUACUGUACUUUUGGCAUUACGUGGCUCCAUGGGGAUACCAGAAAUUCUUGCUCAAGGCAAAUGGCAGCAUGAAGAUAACAAAUCGCAUUAUAUUGUCAUGCAAUUAGUUGGAAGAAAUCUGUCAGACGUUCGAAGAGCUCUUCCACACAAACGAAUCACUGAGCGGACUCUCUACCGGGCAAUGAUACAAGUUCUAAAGGCUCUUUCGUUGGUUCAUGGUGCUGGAUUCUUGCAUCGAGAUUUGAAACCAUCCAAUUGUUGUAUCGGUGCAAUUGAUUGUACUCGUAUUUACUUGAUUGAUUAUGGUCUAACUCGUCAAUACCUUGAUAAGGGUGGAAUCGUCCGUAAACCCCGAGCUGGAGUUGGUCUUCGUGGUACCGUCCGUUAUAUGAGUUUGGAUGCUCAUGCACGUCAAGACCUCGGCCCCAAAAACGACUUGGUUGCUUUCCUCUACACAACGAUUGAAUGUGGAGAUGGAUAUCUUCCAUGGUCGCACGAGAAAACCCAUGAAAACAUAAUCAAGUUGAAACAAGCACACAUUGGAGACAAGCUGUGUACGAAGCAACCGGUUAUGACAAAAGCCGCAGAGUACAUUGAGUCUCUAAAUUAUCACAGUAUUCCGGAUUAUGAGAAGUUGCUCGCAUUGAUGGAAGAAUGCAAUCCACCGGAUCUUAAGGAAAGCGAGCCUUACGACUGGCAGUACCGUCAUCUUCCUAAUGGAACACCAGGUGGAACAAAAGAAAAUGUGACCGAGCGGAUGGCAAUUUGAAAAUUGAUCUUUCUUCAAAAGCUUUAUAUGUUUAAUAAAGUUUUCUUCUAAAUU